AUGAAAGUCAGAGUUGGGGGUAGCCGUGCAGUGCACGUAUUUAUUCUGCAGCAUGCUGGUACUGUCUGUUCCGUUAUCACAGCAGAACGGCAGGAAAAGCAGAGAGCAGAGCUUUGUUUUAGAGAGAGUCUGCGCUUAAUGUCUGCUGUGACAAAGACGAGUUAAUUUACUGCUGGGGAAUGCAUGUGGUGGCAGUGGGAGGUCUGAGGAGGGGCUCUGAAGGCAUUCAGUCUCCCUCCCUGAUCUAGGUGGAUGGGUAGGCUUCCUUGGUAUCACUCUGAAGUUUUCUUUUCUUGGUCCAACUCUCCUUCAAGGGUGAAUUGGAGCUCAGAGAAGACAGCCUAACUCUGUGAAGAUCAUUCAGCUUGGCUAUAAAUUCCACACCUGCUCCGUAACAGUAAAGAAAAAAUGCUGCUAUCAGUGACUUCCAGGCCUGGGAUUUCGACUUUUGGCUAUAACAAGAACAACAAGAAGCUGUAUGUGGCUCAGCAAAUGGCACCUCCGAGUCCAAGGAACGGCACCCCUAACAGCAGCAGCGGGAGCGGUGGGAACGACCAGCUGAGCAAAACCAACCUGUAUAUCCGAGGACUGCAGCCAAGCACUACUGACCAGGACCUGGUCAAGCUCUGUCAGCCGUAUGGCAAGAUUGUCUCCACCAAGGCCAUCCUGGACAAGACCACAAACAAGUGCAAAGGCUAUGGCUUCGUGGACUUCGACAGUCCGUCAUCAGCACAGAAGGCUGUAACUGCACUGAAAGCCAGUGGUGUGCAGGCACAAAUGGCAAAGCAACAGGAGCAAGACCCUACAAAUUUAUACAUCUCAAACCUCCCUCUGUCAAUGGACGAGCAAGAGCUGGAGGGGAUGCUGAAGCCCUUUGGCCAGGUUAUCUCCACUCGGAUCCUCCGAGACACCACUGGGGCCAGCAGAGGGGUCGGCUUUGCAAGGAUGGAAUCCACAGAGAAGUGUGAAGCCAUCAUCACCCACUUUAAUGGAAAGUAUAUAAAGACGCCCCCUGGAGUAGCAGCACCUUCUGACCCCUUGCUUUGCAAAUUUGCUGAUGGUGGGCCAAAGAAACGACAGAACCAAGGAAAGUUUGUGCAAAAUGGACGGGCCUGGCCAAGGAACGGAGAUAUGGGUGGAAUGGCCUUGACCUAUGACCCCACCACAGCUCUUCAGAAUGGGUUCUACACAGCUCCUUACAGUCUCGCCCACAGCAGAAUGCUCGCUCAGUCUGCACUAGCCCCGUAUCUUCCAUCGCCCGUGUCUUCCUACCAGAGAGUGACUCAGACAUCUCCUGUACAAGUACCUAACACAUCUUGGAUGCAACAGCAGUCGUACCUCAUGCAGCCUUCAGGCUCAGUUCUGACACCAGGGAUGGACCACCCCCUCUCUCUCCAGCCUGCCUCCAUGAUGGGACCUCUUACUCAGCAACUGGGGCACCUGUCACUCAACAGCCUGGGCACGUUCAUGCCAGCAGCCGCUGCUAUGCAAGGAACUUACAUCUCCCAGUACCCAGCUGUGCCUUCUUCCAGUGUUUCUGUUGAGGAGAGCAAUGGUCAGCAGAGUCAACUGGCAGUGGAGCCCCCCUCAGACCAUGGGGUCUAUCCUUUCCAGUUCAGCAAGUAGUGAGGUCCGGACUUAAAGAAGCUUAUGCACUCCUCCUUGGGCUGUUUUCCCAUUGCUGAUGGAACCUGAGGAACCAUGUUGUUUUUCGAAUGUGCUACUACAUUCAAGAUCAAAAAGACUUUUUUCUUUUGCAAAAGAAGUUUCUUGCUUUGUAUUUAAUUGCAGCGAAACCUUUCUCCUACCCCAAAGACACCAGUUGAGCUGCUUCUCAUCUUCAAGAGGUUUGGGUAUGUUGGGAUUGAUUUCUUUAAAAAAGAAGACAAAAUAGCAGUGCUGGAAGGAAAGUCAAUGAAGGAGCACUGCCUGCCAAGUUUAGUUAUGGACUAUUUGCAAUGUGUCUUAAAUAUGCAGGUUUAAAAUAUUUGUUUCGCAAAGCUCUCAGCACCACCCCGACACAGUUUAAGGCAGGGUCUCAGUGCAGUCCAGGCUGGCUUUGAACUCAUAGAGAUCCUUCCCACUCUGAGUGCACUGCCAUGUCUAGUUUUGUUUUUUUCUUUUUAAACUUCUUGUCCACAUUGUUCUUUUUCUCAUUUCUAUUUAGCUGAGCCUGCCUACUUUGCCUUUUUACAAUUUUCAACUUUAUGAAUUUGAUUUAAAUUUCAUGUGGAAUUGGGGGAAAGGGAGAGCAGCACACAGUAGAGAGAAGUGUGGGCAGUGGAGGUGGCGUCCCUCUGCCCUCCUGUCCUAGGAGAGACUAGACUUUUAACCUCAGGAGACAUGACAACCAUGCAGCCUUUGGAAGCCACCUUCAACCAAAUCUGGUGGCAAGUGCCACUGAGAAGUAUCAUCCAGCUUCAGCAUUCUGGGACACCUAUUCUGCCUCCUGGAGGGUCUUCAUCCUGCCCCAGGUCUCAUAGCCCCUAUGCCCUCCACUUUACCUGGAGAUUGUUUUGUCCCAAGAGGCUGCUAUCUUGUUCAUCAUCCUUCAUUGCCAAGCCUGGGGAUUAUCUCACGUGCUUGGUAACUAGUUACAGGCCAAGGAUGGUCCUGCACACCUGACAAUACAGAGCUCAACCCUACUCGUCCACCCCUUACUCCCUGGCAGUUAUCUGGUGUAGACUAAAACCCAGCCCAGCCCAGCACAGCCCAGCCCCGGACUUGGAGCUUGUUAUUGUUCAUGUCAUUGACCAGCAGUGCCAUCUGUGACUUUGAAUUCGGCCCAUUCUGCCUCCUGGAGGACCUUUUUUGCCUGGGUUCUCAGAGCCUCUUUCCUGCUGCACGUGGCUAUACUCAAUGGUACUCUGCUGAAUCACUUAGUUCAGCAGGAGCCAUCUUAGCGGGCUCACCCUUGGUUGUAUGUACAUGCCAAGUACACACCGUUUGAAGGGAUGACAGCAAGAACUGUAGUGUGUACUGUGCAUGCUUGAGAAUUGACUGAGCUCUCUGCAGAGUGCCCAGCCCAGCCCUGGUGUGUUUGGACCCCUUCCCUCCCCAAGGAACCAUAACACCGGAAAUCAUUUUCCUUCUUGUAGAAGGACAGCAGGGUGCUAGGAUAUAAAAAGGCAAUUCUUACAGCAACCUGGCCACUCAAAGGUCAGGAGGGACCUUCAAACAUGGCUGACUUUAACUGUUCCCUUCUGCAUGAGCUUCCCCACAUAAUGUGACUUGUUACAUAUCCCUUCACGCCACAGGUACACAUCCAGUAGACACAGUAAUGGAGAUGAGGAAGUGUGUCCAGAGGCCAGGGUGAAAGAGGAAGGGCUGAGUGUGGUGGUUGUGUCCUGGCCUGACUGUGCUUCUGUGCAGUCUGGACAGUGGAGAGCAUCAAGUACAUUAAGAGUUUCCUCAUUGCCUCCAACCUCAGCAAGUUCAUGCCUAGUUACAGUGGCUUCCAGCCCUCAGUGAGAGUCUGGCAAACCCAGAGCUCUGCCCUGUGGACUGGGGAGGCCCAGCUGACAGUCUUGCUGCCACUUCACUGCCUAUUAAGACUUGUUUCUUUUUCAGUAGUUCUAAAACAAUUUGAAUGGCUGACAGGUUUAAAAUUUGAAAUUACUGUUUGAGGUUUUCCUCUUGCAUAUACUGGUUAGAUUAAUCUAGUGUUUCUGGUUAGACAGGUGUGAGCAUGGGAAAUGAGGGUAACCUGUAAUUUUGUUUUUAUAGUGCUUGCUAAUGGCACCGUGUAAUUUCUGCUUGGUGAUUUCCAUCCACUCUUAUUUUCUUCAUUAUCUCAUUACUCGGGAAGGCAGUGACUGGAGACAGGAAGUAGGAUGCAGGCCAUGAGGGAUGAGUUAUAAGCCACCUCUCCAUCAUCCUGCCCAAGGCUCACAACACUAUGCUGUGUCUCCUGAAUCCCAUUUGCAUGGAGGCUCGGCACUCCACAUCUCGCCUGCACUCAUUUUAGUACAUUGUGGUUUUGCUUCCAAUUAGACAGAGCAUUAGACCUCACACCUGGCAUGUGAUUCUUCAUGAGACCCCAGGCCUGCCCCAUCUCACUGUCACUGGCAUGCAUGUGGAACAAUGAAAGGGAAAGUGUUCAGUAAUAAGGGGUGGCAGUACAGCACAUGUGUUAUGAGCAGAGGACCAGCUUAUUGCCCUUGUACCUGUCCCUCCUGGUCAGGUGGGUACCCCAUUUUGUUGCCAAGAACAGUACAGUUGAGUAGGUGGUAGGUCAGAGAGUAUGGUGUGUGUAGAGGUAAAUCUGUGCUUGUCACAGCAGUUUUUCCCUAUCCCAUACAAGCCAACCACUGUACUUUGGGGUAGCCUGCCUCUUCCAAGUGCCUCUGGGCUCUGUGAGAGCCUCCCCCCAAGCAGGUAGACCAAUUUGUUUCCUCUGCUCUUUGCUGGACCUCCCCAGAGGUGGUCUCCAUGUGGCGGUGAUGCGAAAGAUCAAUGUCCUUGUGACCACUGCUCUGACUGUCCAAAAUAAGCAUUUUCUGUCCAAGCAAAUCCCCAAACUUCCUCACCCUCAUUACUCAACUACCUCAGUCUCACAGCUCAAGGCACACAAGCACCCACUUGCCUCACAUCAUCCUCUCCUGCCCUUGUGUUUAUGGGCUUGGAGCAAAUGCAAAGUCCUCAGUUUCAAAACUCAAGCUGCUCUUCCUGGAUCUGCGCCUUCUCUAGUGACACUGGCCCCCAAUCACCUACUGGGGGCUUUAGAGAGUGACUCUCCAGGUUGGUCCCUGUAGGACAAGCAGGGAGCUGUGCUGUGCAGUCUGAUGCCAGUUUUGGAGCCUCGUUUAAGAGCCCAGAGUGUAGGAGAACUGAGUGGUGGUGGUUUGCAGUCUGAGAGGGCUGGAAUGGACGGCUCUGCUCCUGCCCCUGCCCCUCUGGGCAGUCGGAUGAUGACUUCUGGAUGUACUCGUUACCCCAGAGAGAAGCUAAUUUAUACUUAAAACGCCUUUUGUACACUUCCCCUUUACCCAGAAACCUGUAGUUAUGCUCUCCUGUGUCUACAUCAACACUACCUCUUGCUCACUCUCCUUGGCUGACUUAGAAGAGCUUUUGCUAACGUACCUCCUAUCUUCACCUCUUGUCCAUGCUGACGUGCCCAUUCCCACCCAACAGCACACAGCUGACUCGGAGCAGGCACUGAGUGUUCUACCACACCAGAAGACCCAGAAAACAGGUCAAGCGGGGAGCCUGACCCACCCAGUCAUUAUCCUAGGGAUGGUAGCGACCUCUGCUUCAGGAGACAGACAUGGACCCUCCUUGAGUCUUUAUCAAAUGUGGCUUUAUUCAAUGACAAGCACUUUCUACAGCCGCACCUGUGGAACAUCACAUGGCAAAAACCCGGGUUUGUUUUUUUUUUUUUUCUCUAGACUUUUUUCCUUUUUUUAAACCUUAUUAAAAAUGAGAUUGGUCCUAAAAAUAUAGAAAGAAAUAAAUUUAAAUUCACAAAAAACUGUACAUUAUCAAAAAGUCACUAAAACACCACAUUUGGUUAUAUAAAAAGUCCCUUUUGUUGUAAAAGGAACAUGGAAA